GCGAAUUUGUUCAAAAUUGACAGUUGUUUAUAAGGAUGACGGGCAGAGGGGCUAAAAAACGCGGGAGGCCCCCGAAAUCAGGAACUUUUGAAAAAAAUAGGAAAUUUCAAUAUCAUUUAUUAAAGAAACCAAAAUAUUUACAAGCACAAACUGUGGGAUCGGGAUCUCUCGCAAGUACUCCGUCUGCGUCAAGAGCGUCCUCGCCACAAGGUAGUGACAUAAGUAGACGAAGUUCGAGAAAACAAAGAGGUGGAAAAUCGCAUAAAAGCAAAAGAGGUGGAUUGUCAAAUGCGUAUUCCCGAAGGGGAUACAAUCCUCAUGCUGCUGAUUAUCAUGAAUCGGAGUAUCAUUAUGGAUCGGACUUCGGUGAUGAUUACAGCGAUAGAUCAGAACCUGAAGAAGAUCGUGCAAGUGAGAGUUCAGACGGUUCUAUAGGUGAUGGUGCUGGAAGUGACAGUGAUUUUUCGAUAAGUAGCUAUAGUUCAACUGGAGGAAAUCCUAAAAAAACUAAUACCAAUCUUCUAAGACCUCCAAGUCCAGAUCCUCUCUGGUUACAACAAGAACGACAGAUACCACAGUUAGACCUUCCUGCAUCAUCUGAUGAUUUGAUUAUUUCCCACCAAUUAGUUUUACAAAUUGUAGGUAUAUAUGAGGUAUUACGGCACUUUAGACAUUUAGUCAGACUGUCACCAUUCAGACUAGAGGAUUUUUGUGCGGCGGUGAGUUGCGAAGAUCAAAGUAAUUUGCUCAUUGAAGUACACAUUAUGUUGCUUAAAGCUUUGUUACGAGAAGAAGAUGCCCAACAGACACAUUUUGGACCCCUAGACCAUAAAGACAGUGUAAAUAUUUCUCUCUUUUUGUUAGACACAAUGACGUGGCCGGAGGUUUUAAGAAUUUAUGUCGAAAGUGAUAAAUUCUUUGAUAAAAAUGUAGCUAGGAUCUUAAACUCUUGUGAAUAUCCAUUUACUACUGUGGAAGAUCGUUUGGCUGUGCUUCAAUUUUUGUGUAAUCAGUUUUUAAUUACAAAUCCAGUACGAGAUGAUCUUAUAAGUGAAGUUCCUAUACAUUAUGACGAUCACUGUCGAGUAUGUCAUCGUUUGGGGGAUCUAUUAUGCUGUGAAACCUGUCCAGCAGUAUUUCAUCUUGAAUGUGUUGAUCCCCCGUUAGUGGAUGUACCUUCUGAAGACUGGCAAUGUGCUCUAUGUAAGCAACAUAAAACUGUUGGUGUAACUGAUUGUUUACCUGAUGCAGAAAAACAAGGUUUAUUGUGUCGCCACGAACAUUUGGGUUUUGAUAGGCAUGGAAGAAAGUACUGGUUUAUUGCGAGAAGGAUUUUUGUUGAGGCUGAAAAUGGCGAUGUAUGGUAUUACACAACUGCCCAACAAUUUGAAAAAUUGUUGGAAGUUUUAGAUGCAACGGAAAUGGAAGCUCCACUUGUCCGUGAAUUAUUAGAAAUGAAGCAGGAAAUAUUACGGCAAAUGGAUGUAACUGAAAAAUUAACUAAUCAAGCUAAAGGUAAUCGUAAAUCGUAUCUAGAAGUUGAGAAUGCUAAUAUUAUUAAAUUGAGAAAAGUUAAAGAAGAACAGAAUAAGAUAGAUCAAGAAGCUGAAUUUAAAAUAGGUGUGAAGGAUGAGUCAGAAAUAUCUAUGGUCACCGAUGGAGAUGUUGUGAAUGAGGUCACUAUAACCAGUGAUGAAAUAAUAAAAGACGAUAAUGACGACAUUGAAGAAGAGGAUCCCAAAAAAAUAAAAAAUAACUGUACACCUAAGCUGAAGUCCUUAAUACAAAAGAAGAAUGAUGACAUUCCAGAACGAGUUACAAGAUUAAAAUCAAACCAAAUUUCAAAUGGAACCUAUUUAUUCAAAUUAGGCAAUGAAAAUUCAUUUAAAAGUUAUGUUAAUCAAUAUACGAGUAAUCCAUUAGCUUUAAAUAAACCUCAAAGGAAUGAGGAAAGAGAUAAGAAGCGAUAUAUUUCACACAAGUUUUCUUUGUCAUCAGGACAAGAGUUUAAAUGGGUUGGCUUGUUAAAUGCAACAAAACCUUUAUUUGUCGCCACACUGAGGCAAACAUUGCUACAACUAGAAUCUAAUAUAGUUCUGCAAUUUAUGCAUCCAAAUUGGACAUUGUUACGGAAGCCGUGGGUUCAGGCUGUCCAACUUAGUCAGGCACCAAGGGACUUUGCUAGAGCUCUAUGUGUAUUACAGGCAUGCAUAAAAAGUGCUGUAUGGGUACCAGCAUGGCAUGAGCAAUUAGGCCAUGUAAGACUUAUACGUACUACUGCAGUUGAGAGAGAAGAGCGGAAAAAGCUGGAUAAAAGAGAGAAAAAAGAGAGGGAUGAAGAAGAAGAGCGAUAUAGAACUGCUUAUAACUUUGUGAAGUAUUCUCUAGGGCUGAGACACCAGGUUUGGAAACAAAAAGGUGAAGAAUACAGAGUACACGGCCAGUGGGGCUGGUUGUGGAAUUCUGGUACAAGAAAAUUUAAAAAGCGUAAUACUAAUUCUAAGUUGAGUUUAUGUAAUGGUCCAGCUAAAGUUGCAGUCAGAGUUAGAGAAGGAAGUGUGAUAAAAGUAUUAGCAGUGGAACCAAAGACUUACACAUAUUUAACAUCUAAUGAUACUGUUGACAGAGACGUCUCUGAAAAAUUACCAGCGUCAAUGAAAAAUAUGAAAGUCAUAAAAGAAACUGAUGAUUUUGAAGAAAUCGACGUAGAAAAAGCUCUAAGUUCUUCAACAAGAAGAUAUUAUCCCAAGAUAGCCAGAAAAUCUAAGUUGGAUGAUUUUUUAGCCCGCCGUACAUAUUUAAAGUUUAUGGAAGAAAAAAAGCUAGGUAAUCUUUUGAGCAAUAUAAAAAAAGAAGUAGACAUUAAAAAUGAAGAAGAGAAAAAUGUUGAUAUUGAGAAUGACGAACCAGAAUUUGACGAUGUUUCAACAGCUGUUGAUGGAGACAUAAAGACCAGAAAUGUAACUGUUGCUACUAAGAACGUGGAUGCCAUCAAAGAGACAUAUAUAAGUUUAAAUAAUUUAACAAAGCAUUAUAAAUGCUAUUCAGCAGGUUGUAAUAAACUAGAAUUGUCUGCAAUAUCCACAGGUGUAAAAGUAGAUUGUUAUUCACCACUAUGUAUGGAAAAAGGUAAAUUGUUGAACCAAAUAUUUUCUUUUUUAAAGGAUGGUACUAAUAAUUACAAUUUUCUAUUUGCUGACUCAAAAGACAAUAAUAAAGCUUCCAUAUUAGAACAGUAUUUACUAGGGAAGGCACCUAAUUCCAAUGAAAAAAUACUGUCUGACUUAUUGUCUGCAGUUGCAUGUGCACAAGAAUGUGAUAAUAAAAAUUCAGACAGUUAUGUUAAGAGAAAAUGCAAUGGAGAUCGUAAUGACAUUUUUAAAACUGAAAAAGGAAAUGAUAAUAAUAAUUCAAUGUGUUUGAUAAAAUCUGAAAGUACAUUAGAAGAAUCUGCAGUUCCUGCAGUUGGGAACGAAAUGGAUAUUGAUAUCACUAGCAAUACUCAUGAAGAUAAUGAAGUGGAGAUUGGGCCACUUAAAGAGCUAACUGACCAUGAGCAACAGGAGAAUUUACAAUGUGAUGACAACAAAGAUCGUCCUCCGAUACCGAAAUUAAAAAUUACUCGUGGAAAGUCUUCAAAAAUAUCUAGUAACUCCAAUUUAUUUUCUGUUAAUGAAAAAGGACAUGACUCUUCAUAUGAAUGUUCCUUAAAAACAGAAAAAGGAUCUCUUAAACCUCAAUAUCGUGCAGUUGUAAAUAGGCGUUUUGGUUUGACUAGAAAUGUUAAAAGAGAAGAGAAAACUUGUGAAGAAAAAAUUGAUGGUGCUGUUGUAAGGGUAUAUUCAAAAGAAAAUCCCAGUGGAAAGGUGUAUCUCAAAAGAGUUCAAACCACAGCUGUAGAGAAGAAAAAGAAAAGAACUCCUGUUAAGUAUCCACUAUGUUCGUCGUUUCAUACAAAGAGCAAAGCUAAAACUAUUAUGGUUUUACCUCAUCAUGAAUUGAAAAAACUUUGCAGGCAAGCUGGACAUAGUACUGUAGCAGGUUUCAGCCAUAGUGCUAAGCCAAAUCAACUUGUAUGGCCCUAUCCUUGCGCCAGACCGCUCUUUAAGACUUGCUGGCUAUAUCGAACUGUUAACUUGCAAUGGCUAGCCAGUGCCGCAUUGCAACUGCGUAUAAUGUGGGCGUGCUUGCGAUGGGACGACAUGGCAGCUAAGCCUGCUACAGGUGAUGGUAAACAUCAACUCACGACGGACACAGAGAUUGUUUCACUGGAAUUAUUGAAACAUCGUCACAUAGGUCAGUUUUCCGAGCGAACGCAGUACCUUCGUAGAAAAGUCGUUAUACCAUUAGAACUGCCAAAGACAGUACGAGAGGUAACUUCUAUUCGAAGUGGCUUACGUAAAAGGAAACGUGCUGAAUCUCCUCAAAAUACUGAACCUCAGGUAACUGAAGAAUGGGUGGACGAGGAUAAACUAGAAUUAUGGGAAGUACGGCAGUACGGCGAGCGUGCUGAAAGAAUAACGCCCGUGACUCGCACGUCGACUGGCAAGUUACCGCAACGAAAUAUUGCCCCGGCGUCUGCUAAUGCCUCUGAUCUAAAAGACAAACUAGAGCAACAGUUACGUGAACAAAGAGCUGCACAUCAACAGAAAAGAGCUCUUGAGUUGUCACAAGAUAAGUCUAAAUCUACACCUAAUCAAAGUUCUACUAAAACUACUUUGACAUCGUUGCUCACGACGAGUGCCAAUACACCGACAGGCCAAAAAACUGUAAUAGGAACUAGGAGAAUUAUUAUGACGAAAGGUGCAGACGGCACCACGAGAGUCAUAAGUCAGCCAAUCGGAGCCACUAAAUCGAUUUUGGCUUCGGAAGCGACAAAGUCGCAUAGCACACCACAUAAAGAGGGGCCACAGAAAGUUCAAAUUAUACGAGCCCCCGACGGUAAAAUCACAGUUCGAGGCCUACUGGCCGGGCAACAAUUGAUACAGAUGCCGGACGGCAAGCUACACGUAGUGAUGCCCGGACAGCAAGGUAUCGCCGGACAACUGGUUGCGGCGUCACCUGUUCCAAAAACCGAUGCAAACUCCGUCUCCAACGACACCACGGACAAGGUCGGCGGCGAAAAUAAGAGCAACACUCUGAACACCGCGGUCGCUCAGACGCCCCGAAUCGCCAGCCAAGCGUCGACGCCGAGCGUGCUGCCCGCCGGCCGCCACAUCGUGGUGCAGCCGGCGCAGCAGGUGGUGGUGCAGGCGGGCGCGCCGGCCGUGCUGCUGCCGGGCGCGCUGCUGCCGCGCGCCGCGCCCGCGCCCCGCGCCCCGCCGCCGCGCCCGCGCGCGCCCGCGCAGCAGAUCGUCGUCAGCAACCCGGCGCUCGUGCAGCAGAUCGCGGCCGGCAAGAUCCAGCUCGCCACCGUCAACGGCCAGCAGGUGCUGAUCCGCCCCACGGGCAACAACCAGGCGCAGAUCGUGGCGCACAUCGGACAGAGCCCGUCGGUCGCGCCCGCGGCGGUUUCGGUGGCGGCCCCGAGCCCGGCCCCGGCGCCGGCUCCGGCGCCCGCGACGGCACCGGCGGUGCGUCCGCUCGCCGCCCUCCCCGCGACCGAAACGCAAUCACAGCUCACCGAGGAUCAAAUGAUGGAGAAGCGUCUCCUGGCCGGUCAGCCGCCCGGCACCGUGAUAAAGACCGUUACCGCUCAGGUCAUGCAGACGAGCAGCGGCCCGAGCAUCGUCCUCCAGGGCCUGCACGGCUACUCGCUGACGCCGCAGCAGCUGGCGCUCGUCCAGCAUCAAGUGAAGCAGCAACUCCUAAAAGCGCAAGAGUCGACGGGCAAGCAGGGCAUGCUGGGCCCGCGCAAGAUGUACCUGGCGGUGCAGCCGGCGCCCAGCGCGCCGCCGCCGCUGACGCCGGUGACGCCGCAGCCGCUGGCCGCGCUGCCCGCGCUGCCGGAUAGUAAAGCAGAAGAUAAAAUAAAGCGACAACCUUUAUUUAAUGGUGAAGAUCAUGUCGCUGAGGCCGUUAGUCAUAAAGAGGCAAUACCAUCUAAGCCUGAGGAUAUACCAGAAAAUAAUACUAAAACUGAUAUUAUUAAUUCCGGCCACGACGGAGCCCAAACUAAUAAGUUUGUUCUCACUCCAGAUUACAUACAGCAAACGAUAAAAAGCGCGCUAAAGCAGGAGAACUUAAACCCCGAGAUCGAGGAGAAACUCCUUCAACUGCAGCGCUACCAGGAGAAGCAGAUGAAGCCGGAGGCGCCGGUGGAGCGCGAGGUGCGCGUGCUGCCGGCGCGCUCGCCCUCGCCGCAGCCGCGCCGCCGCGGGCCCUCGCGGCACGACGACGACGACGAGUGGGUGGAGAGCAGCCCGCGGAAGCGCUGCCGCGCGCGCGCGCCGUCGCCGCCCUCCGUGCCCACCACCCCGCCCGCCGCGCCGCCCGCGCCCUCCGCGCCGCCCGCGCCCGCCGCGCUCCCCGCGCCGCCCGCGCCCGCCCCGCCGCCGCCCACGCCGACCGCCAGCGCCCCGCCCGCCGCACCGCUCGCCGCGCCGCUCGCGCCCGACGAGCGCCGCCGCGCCGCCUCCACACACUCGCGCCUGCUGCUCCUCUACAAGCACAAAGAGAUGCUCAAGAAGGACAUAAUUAAGAAGCGGGGCCUGCUCGAGAAGGAGCUCGGCGUAGAGAUUCAGAAGGAGCUGUCGGCGGAGCUGGCGCUGCGCACGCGCGCGGAGCGCAGCAAGCAGGAGGAGGUGCGCGGCAAGAAGCGCGCGGCGGCCGGCGCGCCCGACCGCCGCGGCGGCAAGAAGCCCGCCAAGAAGGAGAAGCUCCUCUGCGUCUGCCGCACGCCCUACGACAACACCAAGUUCUAUGUCGGUUGCGAGCAUUGCAGUAAUUGGUUCCACGGUGACUGCGUCGGCGUUACGGAGGAGAUGAGUAAGACGAUGGAAGAGUACGUCUGCUCGGAGUGCCGGCGAGCCGAAGAGACUCAGGAGCUUUACUGUUUGUGCCGGCAACCCUAUGACAAUUCGCAGUUUUAUAUCUGCUGCGACCGCUGUCAAGACUGGUUCCAUGGCAGAUGUGUCGGAAUUUUGCAAUCUGAGGCUGAUAACAUCGACGAAUACAUUUGCCCUAAUUGUCAGAAAAAUAACUCUGUUAAUUAUGCUAACAUGAAGGAACUCACACCCAAAGAUUUUGAAAAUCUGAAAAGGCUAGUAAAACAAAUACAACUUCACAAAAAUGCGUGGCCUUUUAUGGAGCCUGUUGAUCCCAGAGAAGCUCCAACUUAUUACAAAGUUAUAAAAGAACCGAUGGAUUUGCAGACAGUGGAAAGAAAGGUUAAUGAACAGACUUAUAGUACAUUGAGUGAAUUUAUUGGUGAUAUGACUAAAAUAUUUGACAAUUGUCGUUAUUUCAAUCCAAAGGACUCUGAAUUUUAUCGAUGUGCUGAAGGUUUAGAAGCUUUUUUUGCCCAAAAAAUAAAAUACUUUCGUGAAAAGUUGUUCGAAUCUACACAAUGAUAAUAAGUGCAGUGCAUUAUGAAUAGAGACAGUGUAUCGCCUCAAAAGGCAAAUAUUUAAUUUCGUUAGCGUUUGCUAUAUUUGUUAUCUGUAACACUUGUAUAUUUAAAAGAACAUGUGAUGAAAUUCAAAGAUAAAAGUAAUUUGUAAAAAUAUCGCUGGAGAUCAGUUGAGUCAGUCAGUUCAAUUUUCAUGUUAAGUAUUUAUUGUAUUUAUUAAUGCUAUACAUUUAUAAUAAUCUACAUUAAAGCUGACACUCAUUUGAAAUGAAGCUCUAUUAUAGAGGAUAUGAUUAUGUAUAGUUUGUGAAAAAUUGUAUUAGCCGAUAUGACUAUAGCGACCUUAAUUCUAAUUAACUUUAGUUUAAGUAUUAAGUAAACAUUGUAUGUAAGAAAUAAAUUUUAUAAUAUAAACAUUA